CAAGUUCACCAUAGUUUGGUUUUGUUGUUUAGUGCGAACAGUUCUCAAUGAAGGUCUUAGUUUUCGUCGCUUUAUUGGUGGCUUGUGCCAAUGCAUCCGUGAUUUCGGAAGUAGUUGACAAGUUUGUUCCAAGCCUUGCUACUGGUUAUAUCAUUAAAGGUGAGGAUGCUGAACCUCAUAUUGCACCAUACAUUGUUUCCUUGAGCUCCAAAUCAACUAAGCAUUCUCACAUCUGCGGCGGUACUAUUAUCAAUAAAGAAUGGAUCAUUACCGCUGCUCAUUGCAUCAGUAAGGCAGAAGGUAUGGGUGCUGUUGCUGGUUUACAUAAGCAAAAUGAUUUGGGUGAUACAACGCAAGCACGUGAAAUCGAUUUUGGUAUGAAACAUCCAGACUACACUGGCGGAGUUGGCCCAUAUGAUAUUGCCAUUUUGCACGUUUCUGAACCUUUUGAAUUCAAUGAAUUUGUUCAACAUGCUACUUUACCAAAUGUUGAUGACAUUCCAGAAGGUGAGACCCAUCUUUAUGGCUGGGGACAACCCAAGGCUUAUGUUCUGACACCAGCCAAGACCCUACAAACUGUAGAAACAUCAAUAAUUGAAUGGAAUGAAUGCAAAGAAGUUUUGCCCGAAAAUGCACCAUUGCACGAAACCAAUGUCUGUACUAGCUCCAAGGAAAUGGGUAUUUCCGCUUGCAAUGGUGACUCUGGUGGUCCAUUGGUACAGGAAACCAAAGGCGCUCCUUCUGAAAUCAUUGGUAUCGUUUCAUGGGGUUACAUUCCAUGCGGUGUUGGUAACAAGCCUUCGAUCUAUACACGCGUCUCAGCGCAUGUUAAAUGGGCCUACAGAAUAAUGGAUGCUUUCUACACCCUCCACUAAGCAGGAUUCCUACUACAAAACUAUAACGAAGUUUGAUAUAAAAUAUUUUCAAAUGUACAUUUCUAAAAAAUUAUAAAAAAAAU